UCGUAGAUAGGACUCAAUUUCCCAUGGUGCUAUACGGCACAUGUGAGUUGGUCAGCUGACCUCUCACAUGACAGAUGUCAGCAGUGAUGGCAAAAGUAAGCACAUAGCAUUCAAUAAUCUACUGUAGUAGGCAUAUUUCAUGCCAGACCGGAGAGUCUGCCGUCUCGGAAAACUUCACCGGUUGCUCAGCAAGUCACAUGACUGACAUGACACACCGCUGUCUGCACGCGACUCGUCCCUUGGCGUAAAUAACACAAUGUUGGAACACUUGUUUGUUUAGCCGAAAAACUACAGGCUUCAGACCUCAACCGCACCCUCUACACAUUUGAUGUUCCGUGAGAGGCAGUGACGGAGAACUGGAGGCUGUGCGCACUCUGCCAUCAUGGGUCCGGAGGGGAAAUCGCUCCUCAACAUCGUCAUCCUAGGAUUCGGGUUCAUGUUCAUAUUCACCGCCUUCCAAACAUGCGGAAACAUAGAGCAAACCGUUCUGAAGAGUUUCAACAGCACAGAGUUCCAUGGCAGUGGAUACACAAGCAUGUCCAUCAUCUAUGGAGUGUUCUCUGCCUCCAACCUGAUGGCGCCGUCUGUGGUGGCCGUCAUCGGACCUCAACUAGCCAUGUUCUUUAGUGGCCUACUGUAUAGUGGCUACAUUGCCAUGUUCAUCCACCCCCUGACGUGGACCUUCUACACCGCAUCUGUAGUGGUGGGAGUGGCUGCUGCAGUGCUGUGGACGGCGCAGGGCAACCUGCUGACCAUCAACUCUACAGACAGCAGCAUCGGCCGCAACAGCGGCAUCUUCUGGGCCCUGCUGCAGUUCAGUAUGUUCUUUGGGAACCUGUAUGUGUACGUUGCAUGGCACGGGAAGACGCAUAUAUCAGAUAAGGAUCGCCAGACGGUGUUUAUCUCCUUGACGGUGAUCAGUCUGGUGGGCAGCUUUCUCUUCUUCCUGAUUCAGCGCUCUGAACCAGAGGCCUCGGCCCCCGACGACACGUCCCCUGAGCCAAGUGACCCGCUGUUGCCGCCGGAGACACUGAUUGACAGCUCCACCGUCAUCACGGUGGCUCCUGGUGUAUGGGUGCAGGCGCUGGAUGCCUUCAAGAAGGCCCUGAAGCUGUUUGUCACUAAGGAGAUGCUCCUGCUCAGCGUCUGCAUCGCUUACUCAGGUCUGGAGCUGACGUUCUACAGUGGUGUGUAUGGCACCAGUAUCGGGGCGAUGGACGUGUUUGGGGGCGAAGCCAAGAGUCUGAUUGGACUAUCGGGAAUAUGCAUCGGCAUCGGGGAGAUCCUAGGAGGUGGGUUGUUUGGCAUGCUGAAUAAGUGCAACAGGUUUGGGCGUAGUCCAGUGGUGCUGCUGGGUUUGGUGGUGCACUACGCCGCCUUCUAUCUCAUCUUCCUCAACAUCGCACCCGACGCCCCCAUCGCACCCGAACAGGGCACACACCUCACUGCCUUCAUCACACCAAGCGUGGAGGUUGCCCUCCUCUGUAGUUUCCUGUUAGGUCUGGGUGACAGCUGCUUCAACACUCAACUGCUAAGCAUUGUGGGAUACGUGUUCCGAGAAGACUCCGCCCCCGCUUUCGCCGUCUUCAAGUUCAUACAGUCCAUCAUGGCCGCGGUGGCGUUCCUGUACAGUAACUACCUGUUGCUCCAUUGGCAGCUGUUGAUUCUGGUGCUCAGCUGUUUCCUGGGGACCAUCACCUUCUUCCUAGCCGAGAAGAUCGCUCUGCAGACACGGGAGACGACAGACUACGACAGCAUAUAACCCAACACACACACACACACACACACACACACACACACACACACACACUCGUGCGGGCACACACACUCAUGCACUAGCAUGCUCGCACGCACACAUGCGGGGAGUCCAACCACAACAGCUUAUAAUCACCAAGAGUCGCUCUGCGAACAACAUGGGAGACGCACCACGACUGCAUAAUAAUCCUGGCUAUCAGCCAUACGCACAUGGGAGUCACAAGAUUACGACAGCAUAUAAUCAUCAUUAGCUUUCACAUGCGGGAAUAAAGUCACACUACUACGACAACAAAAAGACACACUCAGAGAAUUACACUGCACAUAUGAGGCAUAGACUAUGGCAAUAUAUAUAUAUAUAUAUAUAUAUAUAUAUAUAUAUAUAUAUAU